UUUCCUCCCCAUUUUGCGGGCGGCUUAAAUAGGAGCGGCCGGGCGCUGCCGCUGCAGAGCGGCUUGGCUGGGGGAGACGGGCCUGGCGGCGAGAGCGGAGCAGAUUGCCACUGUUUCCAAUGCUGCAAGAGACCGCAAUGCAAGCUCAUGAACUGUUCAGGCAUCUGCGAAUGCCUGAACUUGGUGACGUCCGACAGUACGUGCGCACCCUUCCCACAAACACAUUGAUGGGGUUUGGUGCUUUUGCAGCGCUGACCACUUACUGGUAUGCCACAAGACCUAAAGCUCUGAAACCUCCAUGUGAUCUAUCCAUGCAGUCUGUGGAAGUGGCGGUAGAGGAUGGUGAAUAUGCCCGGAGAUCUUCAUUACUUGACAGUGAUGAGCCAAUAGUCUGCUACUAUGAUGAUGUGAGAACAGCCUAUGAUAUCUUCCAAAGGGGAUUACAUGUGUCAAACAAUGGACCCUGCUUGGGUGUAAGAAAACCAAAUCAGCCAUAUGAAUGGAUCUCAUAUAAGGAGGCUGCAGACAGAGCAGAAUGUGUUGGCUCAGCACUUCUCAACAGAGGCUUCAAACCAUCGCCCGAUCAAUUCAUAGGAAUCUUUUCGCAGAACCGACCGGAGUGGGUUAUCAUUGAACAAGGAUGCUACACUUACUCCAUGGUGGCUGUACCCCUCUAUGACACAUUGGGGACUGAAGCAAUCACCUAUAUUGUAAACAAAGCUGACAUAGCACUAGUUUUUUGUGAUAAACCUGACAAGGCCAAACUUCUGCUGGACAGCACAGAAAAGGGAGAUGUAUCAGUUCUCAAAACCAUCGUUAUCAUGGAUCCCUUUGACAGUGAUCUUGUGGCCCGAGGAAAGAAAUGUGGAGUGGAUAUCAUUAGCAUGAAAGAGAUUGAGGCAUCAGGGAAAGCCCACAGACACAAACCCGUACUCCCGAAACCAGAAGAUCUAGCCAUAAUCUGUUUUACCAGUGGAACCACAGGGAGCCCCAAGGGGGCCCUGAUCACUCACCGAAACAUAGUGAGCAACAUGUCUGCGUUUGUGAAGGCUACUGAGAGUGGCUAUGUAGUGACUCCCAGCGACACACACAUUUCCUUUUUGCCUCUUGCACAUAUGUUUGAAAGAAUAGUCCAGUGUGUGAUUCUCUGCCACGGAGCUCGGAUAGGAUUUUUCCAGGGAGACAUCAGGCUGCUUAUGGAUGACUUAAAAACUUUGCAGCCUACAGUAUUCCCUGUUGUGCCAAGGCUGCUGAACAGAAUGUUUGACAAAAUUUUUGGACAAGCGAACACGUCAUUUAAGCGGUGGGUACUGGAUUUCGCUUCUAAGAGGAAAGAGGCAGAACUUAGAAGUGGCAUCAUUAGGAAUAAUAGCCUGUGGGAUAAACUGAUCUUCCGCAAAAUACAGGCAAACCUUGGAGGAAAAGUAAGGCUUAUGAUUACAGGGGCAGCUCCUGUUUCUGCAAAUGUGCUGACUUUCCUAAGAGCAGCGCUCGGUUGUCAGUUCUAUGAAGGCUACGGGCAGACGGAAUGCACAGCGGGAUGUUCUCUAACAGUGCCUGGAGACUGGACUGCGGGUCACGUGGGUGCCCCAAUGCCUUGCAAUAUCAUAAAGCUUGUUGAUGUGGAAGAAAUGAAUUAUUUUGCUGCCAGAGGAGAAGGCGAGGUUUGUGUGAAAGGGCCAAACGUGUUCCAAGGCUAUCUGAAGGAUCCAGAAAAGACUGCAGAAGUCCUUGACAAAGAUGGAUGGGUGCACACUGGAGAUGUUGGGAAGUGGUUACCUAAUGGUACCCUGAAGAUAAUUGACAGGAAGAAACAUAUAUUCAAACUUGCUCAGGGAGAGUAUAUAGCACCAGAAAAAAUAGAAAAUGUCUAUUCCAGGAGUGAACUUGUUGCUCAAAUCUUUGUCCAUGGGGAAAGCUUGCAGGCAUUUCUAAUAGCAAUUGUGGUGCCAGAUCCAGAGAAUUUAUCCAGCUGGGCCAAGAAAAGGGGACUUGGAGGUUCCUACGAAGAACUAUGCAAAAACAAAGAUAUCAAAAAACACAUUCUAGAAGACAUGUUGAAAGUUGGAAAACAGUUUGGCUUGAAAUCAUUUGAACAGGUCAAAGGCAUUGCCCUUCACUCUGAAAUGUUCUCUAUUGAGAAUGGUCUGUUAACACCAACAUUGAAGGCAAAAAGACCUGAGCUGCGCAAAUACUUCAAAUCCCAGAUAGAAGAACUCUAUGCUAACAUCCAGAUGUAAACUGAUGCAAAACUGUUGGAGAGAACAGUGCUUGCUGUUUGACCUUCAUAUCUGUAAAUUGACUGCAGCAAACAUAGCAAAGGAAACUGUGCAAUCAUUAACUUUUUACGCAAAAGGGUACUCGACAUAGGAAUCCUGGAGAAAAAUGGAACACUGCCUUACUGUCCGCUGGUGUGCAGACCAUUUUUUUUUAAUAUGGUGACAUACAACUUCCUCAAUGAGCCUUAAACUGUAAAUGGUAUCUAUAUGUGAUUUGUAAGUUAUUGAAGACUUUCUCAGCCAAAAAAAGUGACUUGCCAAGGCAUGUAAAGGGAUGUGUGUUGCUAGCAUCUGUAUUGUCUCUAGUGUGUCGAAUACCAGGUGAUUUUUCCAAAGGUUUGGUAUUCGGAGUCUUUUCAGGGCAGCACAAAAAGAGUGCUGAGAACGGAAGGGGUUUUGCUUGCUUAUGUUUGCGCUAGAAUGUGGGGUGAAUACUUGUCUCCCCACUGACUACCCAGCAGCUUUUUUAAGUUCCUGGGUGUUGAAUGCAUCCUGAUACAUGAUGAUCAGAUAGUGUAGAACUAAGUUGGGCAUCUUUGUCCUUCUGCUCUGACUGCCUAGAUGAAAACUACCAGCACAACACGGAGGCAUUUUCUUCAGGAGCCCCAGAGAUGGGUCAUGGUGACAGCGCUCUGUAGAAUGAAACCAAAUGUUGAUGGGAUGGCGGUGAUCAGGGGCUAGCCGUCACUCUCGCUCUCUGUCUUUGCUGGUCACUAGAUUGCUUCUGCAGAGCCAACUAAACCAUCCUUUUAACAUUGCUGGUCUUUGUACAAACUUAACUUCUGUCUUGCAUCCCCUGGACAUAAUGAGGAUGGAGGAAGGAAACGUAACUGUGGAUCUUCAUUGAAAUGAAUGGAAUCAAAAGACGUCUUGGAUCAACUGUAAUGUAAAAAAAAAAAAAGCCAACAAAGGGAAUAGGAUGUGGGUUAAUAUGGGACAGUGUCGGGGAAAGGGGGGGGGGGGAGAACACUUCAUUGCCAAGUGUCUACAUCUGUUUGAGGGGGAGGGGGAUGGAAUCGAGGCGCCUGAAUAACCCAAGCUUAGAUUUGUUUUCCAUAUAGCAGUCUUUAAUUUCUGUUAAAUGUAUGUAAACAAGCACAACAAAAAGUUUGCACUAAAGAUUGUGUGAUUGUAAUGCACUACCCAGCUGCAUAAUUUCAUACGUGUACCCAAACUGCACCCUGAUAUCCAAGAUAAUACUCCUAGAGUAUUUAGUCAUUUGUUACAUUGGAGGUGAAAUGUUUGCUUUGUGUUGGCUAUUUCUAUAUUUUAUAAAACCAAAAUUUCCAAAACCCAAUGAAGGAAACCAAAAUAAAUAUUUCUGCAUUUAA